CUCACAGACUCCUCAUCACCGUCGCAGAUCAGCAGAGCCACCCCUGGACUCAACAUGCCUUCCACCUACAAGAGGGACAAGCCGUGGGACACGGACGACAUUGACAAGUGGAAGAUCGAUCCCUUCAAAGCCGACGACAAUGUCGCCGGUAGUUUCGCCGAGGAAUCCUCCUUCGCUACUCUCUUCCCCAAGUACCGUGAAGUCUACCUGAAGGAGGCAUGGCCCGUCGUGACGAGAGCCCUCGAGAAGUUCGGAAUCGCCUGCACUCUCGAUUUGGUCGAGGGUAGCAUGACGGUCAAGACGACCCGGAAGACGUUCGAUCCUGCUGCGAUUCUCAAGGCCCGCGAUCUGAUCAAGCUGUUGUCGAGAAGUGUGCCGGUCCAACAGGCCCUUAAAAUCCUCGAAGACGACAUCGCAUGCGACAUCAUCAAGAUCCGCAACCAAGUCCGCAACAAGGAGCGCUUCGUCAAGCGUCGUCAACGUAUUCUCGGCCCCAACGGUUCCACCCUCAAAGCCCUCGAGCUUCUGACCAGCACCUACAUCCUGGUGCAGGGAAACACCGUGGCGGCGAUGGGUCCCUUCAAGGGACUCAAGGAAGUCCGUCGUAUCAUUGACGACUGCAUGGCCAACAUCCACCCGAUCUACCACAUCAAGGAACUCAUGAUCAAGCGCGAACUGGCCAAGGACCCGACCCUGGCCACCGAAUCCUGGGACCGGUUCCUACCUAACUUCAAGAAGCGCACCCUGUCCAAGCGUCGCGUCCCGUUCAAGAUUACCGACAAGACGAAGAAGGUCUACACUCCUUUCCCGCCGGCGCCCGAGAAGAGCAAGGUGGAUCUGCAGAUCGAGUCCGGCGAGUACUUCCUGUCCAAGGAAGCCAAGGAUCGCGCGCAGAAGGAGGAGGUGAUGGAGAGACAGCGGGUCAAGCGCGAGGAGAAGAUGAAGGAGCGCGAGAAGGCAUUCGUCCCGCCCGAGGAGGUCGACGCAGCGGAGAAGAAGGAAAAGUCCAAGAAGGAGAAGAAGGACAAGAAGAAGCGCAAGCGGGACUCCGAGGCCGCGGAUGUCGACGACUCCGCCGAGCGGAAAGAAAAGAAGAAGAAGAAGAAGUCCAAGUCGAAAGAGGAUGCGUCGGAUGGAGAGGCGUGAAGCGCUUUAUCUCUGCGCUCCCACCUCUCCUUGUCUCCUUCUUUCCUCUUCUUCACUUUCUGUUCUCUCUUACGUCGUUGCUUCGGGUUACCCUUCGUGAAUACUUUCGAGAUAAGGCGCUUAGGCAUAGCAUGGGCUGGAGUUUUCUUGUCUCUUUUUGUUCUUCCCCACAUCUCACUCCCUUCUGUAUCUAUCCGGAGGGAGAGAAGAAAAAAAAAGCCUGUAUUGAGUGGGUCUGGCCCUGUAUACUUUAUACUUAUUGUGGAAAGCCAUUGGUCUUACUAACUGGCUGAUUGGAUAUGGUAUGAGAUUAAGAUCAAAUAGAUAUGAUUGUCUUUUGCCGUUGACUCACCCAAUCUGCCAAAGCC